AUGACUCUAUCGAUUGAGGAAAUCUCCGACCGUCUGGAAAUUCAAGACAUCUAUACACGCUAUGUCCAUGCAGCUGACGAUCGCGAGUCUCUGGAUGACAUUUUCCUACCAAAUACAACAUUCGACUGGACCUCCGCUGGUGGGGGAAAGAUGACGUAUGAGGAAGCCAAGGCGGGACCUGUCUUCACUGGCAAGCUGAUUCCCUGGUCUUUCCACAUUUACACGAACGCCAGGAUCAACUUUUUAGAAGACAGACAGAAAGCAGUAGUGAAAGUAAAGGCAGUCAACCCAAGCGGUCUUGAGAAUACGCAAGGGGAGCCAUUAAUGUUCCAAACCCAUGGGACUUAUACUGAUCAACUGGAGAAAACUGUGGAUGGUUGGCGCAUUACAAACCGAAUAUGGCACGAGUUUACUAUCGUUGGACCCUUUCAGAAGGUUAAUGGUAUCCCUGGUAUAUUGGAAUCUGCUGGCAAGGCAUAUAACAGUUAG